CACACAUACACACACACAACACACCAACACAUACAUAACAUGGAUCCUCAAUCGACACUAGCGAUCAUCGGAUGCGGAAACAUGGGCUCCGCGAUCCUGAGCGGGAUCCUCGACGCCACGCGCGCCGACCCGACCACCAGCCCGUUCGGGCGCAUCAUCGCCUGCACCAAGACCGAGCAGUCCGCCCACAGACUCCGCGAGCAGUACGCGCAGGACCGGUCGCGGGUGGAGGUGCGCGCCGACGCGAACCUGGCCACCGUGCGCGAGGCCGACUACGUCAUGCUGGGGUGCAAGCCGUACCUGGUGGAGGCGGUCAUCGCGGCCGACGGGAUGGCCGACGCGCUGGCGGAGAAGUUCAUCAUCAGCGUGAUCGCGGGCAAAACCCCGGCCGUGCUGGCGGGGUAUAUCACCGAGUAUGCCAGUGCCGAGGUCCAGGCGUCCGCGCGGCCGUCCGUGGCGCGGGCGAUCCCCAACGUGGCGGCCAGCGUGCGCGAGUCGAUGACCGUCGUGGAAUUACCGGCGGAGUGUGCGGCGGCGAACCGCGGGGUGGUGGAGUGGAUGUUCGCGCAGCUGGGGCAGGUGAAGGUGGUCGCGCCGGAGCUGUUUGACCUGGGGUCGAUGCUGGUCGCCAUGCUGGCCCCGGUUUCUGUCGCGGUGGACGGGAUCCUCGAUGGCUGCGUGGCGGAGGGGAUGCGCCGGGCGGAGGCCUCGGAGAUGACGGCGCAGUGUCUGCUGGGGCUGGCGCAGUUGCUCAAGAGCGGCGUCCAUCCGGCGGUGCUGCGCGAGAGCAUCUCCUCGCCCCGGGGGUGCACGAUUCAGAGCCUGUUGACGGUGGAGAAGGCCGGGGUACGCAGUGCGUUCGCUGAGGCGAUCAUCAACGGCACGCGGCAUUUGCAUGAGUUGCAGAAGAAGCAAUAG